CAUUACCCACAAGGCUUGGCGCUCUCGUACGUCAACUGCAAUCACAGUUGUAUCUCCAACAUGGCGUCGCUGGGAAGGAGGCGCGGUGUCCCAGUAAGCAGGGAGAGGGGAGUGAUGGCGGCGACAGAUUGCUACAUCGUGCAUGAGAUCUACAAUGGGGAGAAUGCUCAGGACCAGUUUGAGUAUGAGCUGGAGCAGGCACUGGAGGCCCAGUAUAAAUACAUUGUUAUCGAGCCCACACGCAUCGGAGAUGAGACGGCUCGAUGGAUUACUGUGGGCAACUGCCUGCACAAGACGGCCGUGCUGUCGGGCGCCGCAUGCCUCCUGACGCCCCUUUCACUGCCUGUUGAAUACUCGCGUUACGUGGCGUUGCCCGCCGGCGCCCUCAGUGUGGCCUGCGCCGCCCUCUAUGGAAUUUCAUGGCAGUUUGACCCCUGCUGCAAGUACCAGGUGGAAUACGACAGCCAAAAACUCUCACGGCUGCCCCUGCAUACGCUCACCUCCUCGACGCCCGUGGUUUUGGUACGCAGGGAUGACAUCCACAGAAAGAGACUCCAUAAUACGAUAGCACUGGCUGCCCUGGCGUACUGCGCCAAGAAGAUCUACGAACUCUAUGCGGUAUGAGUGCACUCUGAAGAGGGUUUAAGUCCGACAUAAAAAGGAAAAAACAAACAAAAAAACAGAACCUCUCCACCCCCAGAUGUAAAAGAAGUGGAAGUCCUGAUGAGGCCCAGCAGUUAGCUCCACACGUGUGGUGGGUGCUUCCAUUUGAACUAUGAUCAGAGGGAUAUAGUACAAACUAGAAGGAAUUGUUUUUUCCCUUACGUUUCCUUUACUUCUUUGUGACAACAACAGCACACUUAUCUCUGUAGUACCCUUGCGCCUCCCCCCAUGCGCCCUCCACCUGCAUACUUGACACACAUCAAGCUCGAGCUCAAGGGUACGUGAGCAGGUCCUCGGGACUGAGCGGUGUCGGCGUUGAAACAGACAGUAAUGUUUUGAGUAUCAAGCUCUCUCCCCCUUUCCCUCGUAGUUUUACUGUACCCCUUUCUUGCUGAUCAGUACAUCACCCUUUCAUUAAACAUUAGGAUAUUUCAAACUCACUUUUCUGUAUUUUAUUUUACUUUUUCAUUAAAUGGAUUCUUCAUAAUGUCCAGAAAAGAGCCGACAGCUGCGACUUCUUUCAGAUUGUGUCUUGUUCAUGUAGAAUUUUUGUUUAAAAGAGUGAAAGUCAGAUCUGAUUUGAAUGUGCUGACUCCAUGUGAUCUUUAAAACACUAAAGAAAAUCUCAACUCUU